GAGAAAACAGCUUCUGGACUGUUCAGUAUCGCGCGGGCACUAAAAUGUAUCAUAUGCCGUCUGAUAACAAAAACAGCAGCGUUUUCCAGCGGGAUGUAAAAGACUACAUCAUGUUUUGGGAUAAUUUGACACCUGAGCACUAAAUAUUCUGAUUAAAUUUAAUUCAAAGUGUAGUGUUGACUGAUAUCCGCGAGAGGGUUGGGGAUAUCGCUUACAGCAGGUGCUGACAAUGGCAUCCAAAUACCUGAUGCUUAUUGCCUUGGGGACUGCAGUGAUUGGCAGUGUGCACUGUUGCCCUGAGCAGUGUAUCUGCUCUGAUAAACAUAACCAUCAGUUUGCAGAUUGUGCCUACAAAGACCUUCUGGAAGUACCUGUGGGCUUGCCAUCGAACAGUACCACCCUGAGUCUGUCAGCAAAUAAGAUUAAAGUCCUAAAAUCAAAAACUUUUAUAAAUGUGACCCAGGUGACCUCUCUUUGGUUGGCACACAAUGAAAUUGUCAUCGUCGAGAGGGACACGUUGGCUCCAAUGAUUCAGCUGAGAAAUUUGGAUAUAAGCCACAACAAAAUUGUCUAUUUUCCAUGGGAGGACUUGGCCAAUCUCACUGCCCUGCAGUUGUUAAAGAUGAACAAUAAUGAGAUGAUCAGUAUACCCAAGAAUGCUUUCUCCAACCUCAAAGAAUUGCGUUCGGUCCGUAUUAACAAUAACAAGUUCACCACUAUUGUGCAGGGAACUUUUGAUGCUCUGACUGCCAUGUCUCACCUUCAAAUCUUCCACAACCCCUUCACCUGCUCUUGCAACCUUGAGUGGCUUAGGGAUUGGAUCGGCAAAUCCUCAAUCUCCAUUCCUGACCAAAACAACAUUGUUUGUGAAGCUCCUGCCCACCUCCUAGGCACUAAGGUCACUAGCAUGCCCAAACUGGAUUGCAAAGCCCCAUCUGUGUCCAUCACAUAUCAGCCAAACAUUGAAAACACAGAACUCUAUGAGGGAUAUAUGGUCAUCCUGAACUGCGAAACAAAAGGAACCCCAAAACCUGAGGUCACAUGGGAGAUAUUUGCAAGAAACCAACUAAUUACGUUCCCUUUGCCCGCCAUAGUCGAAAGAAGUGAGAUUCCCAUUAAUGGGCCGCCAACGAACACCAGGUUCCUUGUGUUUCAAAAUGGCACCUUGAUCAUCCCUCGCAUGACCAAAAAGGAAGAUGGAAACUACACUUGCUCGGCUUUCAAUGAUGUGGGCAAAGCAAAUCACUCUGUGAAACUUGUUGUCGCAGGUACCAAAAAGCAUGCCAUCAAUUCAAUGCUGGAAACAAAAGCAGCCAGCCAUUUACCUGGAGACAAGCUUGGUUCAGAGAGCUCCAAAAACAAUGUGAUCAACAUGUGGCCCAAAUCUGAGGAAAAAACAAAGAGUGUUCCAACUGGAACAUCCCUCAUUACAGUGGUUAAAAAACAAGCGGAAAAAGGGACUGAUACGCUGCCAUUCAUUGGCAAAUGCGGAAUAAAUGAUGGUACCCAGUACAUCUCCAAUCAUGCUUUUAACCUUAGCUUGGACGAACUUAAACAGUACACGUUUGAUUUUGGGGUUAUUGCACUGGAGGUUUCAGAGACUGAAGCCAAAGUUCAGCUGAACCCUUUCCAGUUGGCCAACGCCAAAUCAAACGUUCACCUCAGUCAACAACAAGACCUGCAAACCGUGAAUAAGGAGCCUUUCAGUCUGUUCCAUACAUCCACCAAAAAAUCCCCCCUGGACAUGUUGUACCUUUGCGUCAGUACUGGUAAUGGACAUUCAGUGGUGCAGUGGUCCAAGAUAGAGGAGGGCGUCAAUGCCUAUCGCUUCCAGGGCCUCAAGUCAGGCACUAAUUACACCCUAUGCCUCACCUAUGGAGGCCAGGAUUGUCAAGUCCAAGUGGUCUUCACAACUCGGAAGAAAAUCCCAUCUUUGCUAAUCAUAGUGGUCGUUAGCAUUUUCUUGCUAGCUUUGGCAACUGUGCCCCUGCUGGGUGCCACCUGCUGUCACCUGCUCCACAAGUAUCAAGGCAAGACCUACAAGUUGAUUAUGAAAACGCAGAACCCAGAUCAGAUGGAAAAGCAAAUAGCAGCGGAUUUCGAUCCCAGGGCGUCUUUUGUUGGGUCGGACAAAAACUUUAACCCAAGUGAGCUGGGGGAGGGAGAAGGCGAGGUUGAGGGCGAGGAGGAAGACGGAGAAGGUGAGGAUGUCGAGGGCAGCGUGGUAACCGAGUCCAUUCCUGAGUCACAAUCCAAAAUGCAGGAGGAUUUCGAGGUGGGAUCCGAGUACAGCGAUAGGUUACCGCUUGGGGCGGAAGCAGUAAACAUAUCCACGGAGAUCAAUGGUAAUUACAAAGAGCCCCGUUGAGAUGUUUAGUUACAGCGAGUGUAAAAUAUUUACUCUAAAACACAUUACAAACCAGGUGAUUACUGAUCAUCUCACGUUAUACGUGCGCUGACAAAGGUGCGUUUUUUGCUCAUUUUUUACCUCCAUAAGUUAGCUGCAAGUGUAUACGAUGAGUGUUAUUUACAAAAAAGCAUUUAUUGAGAUUGGUCAAAUAGAGCAGACUUGUAUUAGACAAAUAUAUCUUUAAAAACCUCAUAAACCAAAUGUACAGUUCAUUUUCUGUAAGUUUUAUCACUCGUAUCCUAAGCAUUCAUAGGCUCAAAGUAGCAUUUGAAAUAAUACAGGGCUUUCGUAAGUGGCCGUUCACCCGGAACGCGUUUUUGCAUUCGUCCGUGACAUUUUUCAAUUGUUUUUCUAUGAAAACAUGGGUUAGCCUAAGACUUUUCCACAUUAUAUAUUUUUUUUUUUUACCUUUGAUGGUUGCGUUGUGUCUUGCUGUUUUGCUUUUUCAGCAUCUUGUGCAGGAGCACUGCUUCAUUAAAAAAAAUGUCAACUGUUAAAGACGCUUCACAAGGCACACCUAUAACUCUAGUGCGUAUCAGCGCAAUAGACCUUAUUCACAGUAGCGCCAUCUUUGAUUUUUAACGGGAAUGAAAACGAGGCUGUGAGGAUAGACGUACAGUUUCAUAAAUGGGCGCACAGCAUAAAGCUGUAAAAAGCUCAUAGAUCCCAUCUGUUGUUUUUUUUUUUUUAUAUAUUUUUUUUUAUUUUUUUAUCCACAACUCAUGUUGUCUGGAGUUCGUUGUUUACUGUGUGUUGUUGAAAAUAUGUUUUUUUGUGUGAAUGUUUUGUCCUCGAAAUGAUCCAAAUACACUUUAAACUGCAGUACAGCCUAUUGAAGAGACUGUACGUCUAUCCCUCACAACCUCAUUGUUAUUCCCGCUGUGAAUGAGGUCUAUACGUGUUUGGAAGGGGCAGUUCAUACCAAACACGUUUUUGCGUACAUCCGCACUAUUUCGCCACUGUUUUCUUAAGUAAACAUGCGCUGGACGGACGUCUUUGACCGUUGCGUCUUAUUUAUUUUGAUGCGUCUCGUGCAGGAGCGCCGCUUUCUUAGACACUGUGACACGUUCAAAAUAACUUCCUGUUAAAACGCGCUUCGAGAAACCCGUUCUUUCCUUUUUGCGCAAACUGUGGUCGGUGUGAACAGGUCCUGAUACUAUAUAGCCUAGUGGUCAAUGAGCGCCCGUUUCAACGGGAUUCAAUGCGUUGCGUUAAUCUCUAAGGGAAAUAUCACUCCGUUACUCUUCUCACAGCAUACGUGUGUCUGGAAAACAAACCAGGUCACCUUUAAAAAAAAGUUCAAGUGUUCAUGUGGGGAAUCCUAAAAAAAAGUUGUGAUUUUUAAUCUCUUUGCGAACGGGUGCUUAAAAAAAUCUCUCGUCUUUAAGAAUCGACUGAACUCGUCUUUCUCUUUGAGAUACUUGUUCGUGGCAUGUCACACAAAAGUAUUUUUAAGUGUGUUUUAUUAGGGAAUAUAUUGUAGAUAUUUCAUGUCCAUUUGUGAUGUAAGACAACUACCUAAUCUGAAAAAAAAAAAAAAAAAAAAAAAAGGUUCUUUUUUUAUAUAUAUAUAUAAAUGGUCAGUUUCUACCAUCAGUCAAAACGACAUUGAGUGCCCUGUAAAUUGACGCAUUGUGACUUGUUUUGUGUCCAACUGUCCAAUGAUGUUGUAAAAAUACUUAAACCUUUGAAAGAUUUUGAUAUGAUUUUAUGUACGUGACCUUAAUAAAAUAUUAAACGAACGAA